CAUAUGAAGAUUUGAAAUAUCCCUAUAUAUACUCAAACCUUCUCUAAUAUACGAUCAUACCCAUUUCAUAACAUUUUUAUUUCUCUCUCAAGAAACAUCAAACCAACAUCAUUUAUUUCCCUAAAAAUGGAUACAAGUUGCACGGAUGAUCAAAGCACAACCACCGAAACCAUCUCCACCGUUGCACCAACGGUUGUCACCCCACGGCAGCCGCCUGUGGAGACUAGCCUUUGCCGCGUCGGAAGCGGAGCUAGCGUGGUUCUUGACCCAGAAGGAGGGGUGGAAGCACAGUCGAGGAAACUGCCGUCUUCAAGAUUCAAAGGAGUCGUCCCACAACCGAAUGGUCGUUGGGGAGCUCAGAUUUAUGAGAAACACCAAAGGGUAUGGCUUGGCACGUUUAACGAGGAAGAUGAAGCUGCCAUGGCGUAUGACGUCGCCGUACAACGGUUUCGUGGUCGAGACGCCGUCACAAACCUCAAGCCACUUGAAGCCGACACAAAAGAAGCGAGCUUGGAAGCGAGUUUCUUGAGCCGUCAUUCGAAAGCCGAGAUCGUUGAUAUGCUAAGAAAACACACGUAUAAUGACGAACUGGAGCAAAGCAAAAGAAACUGCAGCAUCGUUAAACCCAUUUCGGGAGCCGGGUUAAGUUGUUCAUCCGGGUCGGGUUCCGUCAUACCACGUGAACAUCUCUUCCAAAAGACAGUCACCCCUAGCGAUGUCGGCAAACUGAACCGACUCGUGAUACCCAAACAACACGCAGAAAAACAUUUCCCGGUUCAGAGAGGAAGUACUUCAAAAGGAGUUCUUUUACAUUUCGAAGAUAAUGAUUCAAAAGUAUGGAGAUUUCGUUACUCUUACUGGAACAGCAGCCAGAGCUACGUUUUAACCAAAGGGUGGAGCCGGUUUGUCAAAGAGAAAAACUUAAACGCCGGUGAUAGUGUCAGCUUUCAGAGAUCAACUGGACCGGAAAAGCAGCUGUACAUAGACUGGAAAGCAAAAACCGGGUUGGAUAAUACCAACACACAGCCUAUCCAACCGGUCAAACUUGUCAAACCGGUUCAGAUGUUAAGAUUAUUCGGAGUUAACAUUCCGAGUAUCAUUAAUUGCAAUGGCAAGAGAAGUCAUGACACAGAAAUGGAUUUAUUAGGGUUUGAGGAUUGUAAGAAACAAAGACUUAUCGAUGCAUUGUAACAUUUUGCUAUUCUUUAGGGGUAUUUUAAUUUUUUUAAAAAAAUUAUUGUGCAAUUGUUUUGAUCAUGUGGGAUGAAGCUGGAAAGAGGUGGGAAUGGAAUAGAUGAGAAUGCAAGUUGCAAAAGAUUAAAGCUAAACAUAUUUGUUUUAGAGGAGAAAAGGGUGGUGUAGACCUAACAAAAAUGACAAUGUGUAUCUAGAAACUGUAGAUAUAAAAACACUAUGGAUAUCUUUCUACUUGUUUGAAUGUAUCAAGCUAUUGUUUAUUUACUAUUUAGUUUUUUGGUAUAAAAAUUUAAGAAGUAAAUUAGUUCA